GAGCUCGACGUGCCGCGGCCAUGUGACUUAGCCAUGGCGCGAGUGCCUCGGGCCUUCCUCGCGGCGCCGGCGCCUUUGGUGGCGCCAAAAGUGGUGCCAACAGCGGCGCCGGCGACGACGCCGGCGGCAAAGUCGCGCACGCCCAAGGUGGUGCCGCCCCCCCGGCGAAGGGGCGCGGGUCCGCCUGGUGCGGGCGGUCCGGGCGGUCCGGGUGCUCCAAAUGCGGUGGCCAAAGCGCGGAAGACGCAGGUGCCGCUCGCGCUGGAGCGCGGCAUGGUGGUGUCCUGUGAGGACGGCAGCUCGGGGACUGUGGACAGCGUCUUUGCGGCGCUGGACGAAGUUUGGCUGUUGCCGCAGGGGUCCACCAGCACAGUGAAGCUCCGAACUGGGCAAGUGACCUUUCUGGGCCAAUGGUCCGACCAAGUGGACAUCAUUAACUCCAUUGAUGUGCCCCCGGACGUGGAAGAGAUCUUAGGCGUGGAGCAGCUGGAGCAGCUCCAGGAGCUGGCCGGCCAGGUGCCGGUGCACCUGGAAUCCUUCACCGGGGACGGGGACGCGGCAAGCAAAACGGGGGCGACCACAGCGCAGCUGGUCUUUGGGCCGGCGUCGGCCAAGGCUGUCAAGCAAGCAGUGGACACCGUGGUCAACCACGUGGACGGCCUUGAUUUUCCCGAGGCGAAGCUUCUGAGCAUGAUGCAGCCGCAGACGCAGAUGCAGGGGGGAUGGCCCAUGAUGAUGAUGCCGGUGUGGCCCGGGGCCAAUGGUCCUUACGCUGGACCGGCUGGCUGGGCGCCGGAUGGGUGGGCUAUGGCCAGCUACCCUCAAGUGCCCUCCGUGCCCACCAGCUUCGUGCCGAUGACAUCGCCGAACGAGCCCAGCGAGCCCAGCCCGGACCCGAGCGGCACGACCAGUCCCAGCGAGCUCUCGAAGGCGCCCUGGCACAACCAACAGCUGCCACCGCCCCCCUCUCAGAAGAACAACUCGCUCUCCUGGCGUGCAAAGCGGCACCGCGCUGGCUUGGAGGUGAAGCAAGAGCCUGAGGAACAGGCUAUGAAGCGCGUGAAGGAGGACCCUGAUGAGAGCGACAAAAGCCUCCUCUUCUGGGCGCAGCGCCAAGACCAGUUCUCGGAGCUCCCGAAGCUGCCGAGCGGCUGGAUCCGGGUGCCCUCCAAGAGCUCCGGCAGCAUCUACUAUGUGAACCUACCCACUGGCGAAUCGACCUUUACCUCGCCGAUCAGCGAUGAGCUGCCGCCUGGAUGGGAAGUGGUGACUUCACGCAGCACGGGGAAGCAGUACUACUGGCAUGCUGAGCACCAGAUUUCCCAAUUUGAGCGGCCGACAGAAUGAAAAUUCCCGCGAAGCCUUGCAGCAGCACCUUCAGAUGCAGC